AUGGCCCUGUUCUUCUCCGGAGCUGUUACAAGUUCACCGAUAAAACGAAGGUUGCGGGCGAAUCACUCCUGUCAGAGCCUCGACCUGUCUCUCCUCUCUCCUGACUCCUCGUACGUCUGUUACUCCUCGGCAGACGGCGGCGACCCCUGCUGCUGCCGCCGCUCGCCGCGCCUCCUCACCAACGGAUACUACUCCGUCACCGAGGACAGCUUCUCCUGGGAUGAGGACGGAAACGUGUCGCUGACGCCCUGCAAGACCAACGUGUCCUACAAGGAGAACCUGGUCAGGGUUUUCCGGCGCAGGCGGAGGCCUCGCAGCUCUCUGGCUCGCCUCCUCAGCGACGUUACAGAGAGCUGCCAGUCGUGGCUGGACGAGAAAGUCUUCAGAGGCGUGUUCAGGACAGGGCAAAACCAGAUCUGGGACCAAGACCAGGACAAGGACAGAGAAUACGAGCCAGAUCACGACUGGGCCAGGAGCAGCCAGGACGCUCUGACUCCUUUGGACGAGUCCUGGUCUGGACUCCGCAGCACGGAGCUGAGUGACAGCUGCAGCUUUACAUACGACCCAACGGAGAUCCCGCCCCCUCCUGACAAAGAGUCUCCACCCACAAAGAUGCUCAUCCAGGAGGAGAUCUGCUCUGAGAUCUGUCAAUCAAAGGAGCAGUUUACCCAGUCACUGGGUGGACUCUCAGAGGUCCCGCCUCCCUCUCCUUUCUACGCCGGUACCUGCUGCUGUCAGGUCUCACCUGAGCACACGGGGUUAACAGUGAAGGCCUUCCUCCUCCUCAUCUUCACCGUCUUCAUCCUCACGGCUCUGUGCUCCGGGUGUCUGUGGUGGAGCACGGCCGUGACGUCCUCUGUGUUCAUCACCGUCACAGCAUUUAUGUUCCUGACGAAGUCGGGGCCGAUGGGCGAGUGGCGGAGGGCGAAGACGGAGGAUAUCACGUCAGGAAACGAGUGA